CGUUUUGAAGCUUUUCGUUGCGCUUCAGUUUGCUUUUGAGACUUAUAAUUUAAGGUCGUGCCAUAGAACUUGAAUUGACUCGAAUCAAAAUGGCGGAGCUAGAGGAAGCCAAGCCUUCAUCAGAGAUGAAAGUGGCCAACAAAGGCAGUAUACUAUCACAUAGUUUGAAAGCCAUUAAAGCAUUGAACAGUCGAUCAGGGUCAUCAGUACCUGCGAUUGCGAACUUCAUCAAGUCCUCCGGCUACGAGGUGACCGAUAUGAGUCGCAUGAGGAAACUUGUUCUCAAGGCACUCAAAGUUGCAAUGGGCGCGGGUGACGUUGUGCAAGUGAAGCGCUCUUUUAAAAUGUCAAUGACGGCGAAGUUAGAAUCUAAAUCCAUGGAAAAGAUGAAGGCCAAUCAGCAAAAGAAGUUGGCCAAAGCUAAGGAGCAGGAAACUAAGGCCAACACAAAGGCAGCGGUCAAAAAGGGAAAAGAAACCGCCACGAGCUCGGCAGAUGCAGAUUCAGUAAAACCAAAAAAACGCAAAAAGAAGCCAACGGAACGCCAUACAAAUGAGCCCGUUAAGAAGAAAUCAAGUGCAAAGAGUGCUGCAGUUGGUGGAAAGGCAAUUCAUAGCCAGGCUGCGGGUGAAUCGGACCAGGUUGCCCUUAAGAUGUCUAAGAAGCCCCAACCAAAGGAUAAGUCAAAAAGUGUCAAAGCAAAGGUUACGGACUCCGAAGUCAGUACCACGACUAAAUUGCAGACGCCACGUAAGUCGAUUGGAACUCUGACAAAGAAGGCGAACAGGCCGAAGAUACGGAGCAAAACCAUUAAAAAGCUGGUGGCGGGUAGAAAAAGCUUUGAUGAUGUCGAAUCUGAUUUAAUGGAUUCAGUACCAGCUGAUGCCUCAACUCCAUUGAGUCCAACUAAGCAAAAGCGUAUGGCCAAACAGAUUAAGUAACUAAGCAUCUUCGAUAUAGGUAGUUAAGUUGUUUGAAAUGUUCUAGUAGUUUUAAUUGAUCCAAAUGCAAUGUUAAUGUUAAUCUUAAUGUUUUUUUAUGAUAUUGAUACGUAUUAAUUAUGUUUGUCUUAGUGUACUCGAAUUUUUAAUAUUUGUUAUAUCGUUUGCAUAAGUAAUUGUUCAAAGCCAA